AUGGCAGCAAUAAAAUAUGAGAAAGAUCGUGCAGCAGAUACAAUUCUACCAAAUUAUAACGAAUACGGUAGAUUGGAUAUACCCAGUUACUACGAAAGUUAUUGGCAAAGCCCUGAGGAACGCUUCUAUACUGGUUUAUUCGUUAUUCAAAUAUUAUGCUUAAUCGCUUCAUUUUUCUUGUUGUUUGCUUCUUGCUCACUUAUUUAUGGUGCUCAUACUGUCUUGGAAAUUUUUGAAAUUGCAAUAUCAUAUGUUUCCGAGUAG